AGCAUGCAAAUCAGUUUUCCUCCUGUUUCCUCGCAGUUAUUUUUUUUUCUCCGAAAAGUCAAUCAUCUCCAGUCGCUGUUAUCAUACUGUAAAGUCGGUCGAUUUUUUAGGUUUUUGUUGAUGCUGUUUUUUUAUGGAGGGUCACUCUCUUGGCAUGUUCGAUAAUAAACAGGCAGGUGCUCGGCUCAACAUAAGUCUUGGGUAUUUGGAUUGGAAUAAUAAUAACCUUCAGAGUGAUCUGUCCCUCACCAGACUAUCCAUCCUCUAAGAUGUCCCAGUCCACCAUUACUGAAGAAGGAGGCACCUUUGAGCACCUGUGGAGCUCCCUGGAGCCAGACAGCACCUACUUUGAGCUCCCCCCAGGCAGCCAGCCGGGUGAGCGCCCACUGCCUUCUACCAGCACCCCGGGGAGCCACCGCAGCACUGCCGAGGGCUCCAUGGACAUCUACCGCAUGAGGGACAUGAACGACAAUGUGAUGUCCCAAUACAACUUGCUGAGCAGCAGCAUGGAGAGCCUGGGGAGCCGCGCGACGUCCGCCAGCCCCUACAGCUCCGAGAACGCCUCCUCAUCAGCCGUGCCCACCCCUUCACCCUACUCCCAGCCCAACUCCACCUUUGAGGGCCUGUCGCCUGCCCCAGCCAUCCCCUCCAAUACCGACUACCCCGGACUGCAUACCUUCCAGGUGUCCUUCCAGCAGUCCAGCACUGCCAAGUCUGCCACAUGGACCUACUCUCCCUUGCUGAAGAAGCUCUACUGUCAGAUUGCCAAGACCUGUCCAAUCCAAAUCAAGCUUUCGUCCUCUCCUCCACAUGGCAGCAUCAUCAGAGCCAUGCCCGUCUACAAGAAGGCAGAGCACGUCACGGAAGUGGUCAAACGCUGCCCCAACCACGAACUAGGACGAGACUUCAAUGAUGGUCAAGCAGCCCCAGCCAGUCACCUGAUCCGGGUGGAGGGGAAUAACCUCUGUCAGUACGUGGAUGAUGCUGUCACUGGCCGGCAGAGUGUCUUCGUGCCCUAUGAGGCUCCACAGGUGGGGACUGAGUUUACCACCAUCCUAUAUAACUUUAUGUGCAACAGCAGCUGUGUGGGCGGCAUGAACAGGAGACCCAUCCUCAUCAUCAUCACUUUGGAAACCAGGGAAGGUCAAGUGUUGGGCAGAAGGUCAUUUGAAGGUCGGAUAUGUGCGUGUCCUGGCCGAGACCGCAAGGCAGAUGAGGACCACUUCAGGGAACAACAGGCCCUGAAUGAGAAUGUGGCCAAAAAUGGCAGUGCCAACAAGCGCAACUUCAAACAGAGUCCGCCAAAUAUUCCCAGUCCAAAUAUUAACAUGAGGAAGAGGCGGCAUGGAGAAGAAGAAAUUUACUAUAUUCCUGUUCGUGGUCGGGAGAACUUUGAGCUGCUGAUGAAGAUUAAAGACAGUUUGGAGCUGGUGGAGCUGGUGCCACAGUCACUGGUGGAGAGCUACAGACAACAAACACAACAGCAACUUUUGCAGAGACCGAGCCAUAUAACAUCCCCCUCCUCUUACUCCCCACUGUCCAACAUGAACAAGCUUCAUGCCCACGGAGGCCUUGGCAAACCGCCCUCAGUCAACCAGCUGGUGGGGCAGCAGCCCCAGCAACACCCCACUGCCCCCACCUCUAUAGCUCAUAUGGGUUCAAACAUGCUCAACAGCCACCACAUGCAGGCCAAUGGAGAUAUGAAUGGUGGCCACAGCAGUCAGACUAUAGUGUCUGCUUCCCACUGCAGCCCGCCCCCUCCGUAUAACCCUGACCCCAGCCUUGUCAGUUUUCUAACCAGUCUGGGCUGUCAGAACUUCAUCGAGUACUUCACCUCCCAAGGUGUCCAAUCUAUCUACCAUCUCCAGACUCUCUCCAUGGAGGAUUUAGGUGCACUGAAAAUACCGGAGCAGUCCCGCCUUGCCAUCUGGCGAGGUCUGCAGGACAUGAAACAAGGUGCUCCCCUCCAACUGCCUGCCUCUACUCAUCACCAUGACUAUCAUGGCCAGCAGCUUCUUCGCUCCAGCAGCAACAUGGCUGCCUCUGCCAUGGCGGCCAUUGGAGCUGCCGGAGGAGAACUGCAGCGUCAGCGCGUCAUGGAGGCUGUGCACUUUCGUGUCCGCCACACCAUCACCAUCCCCAACAGGUCAGGUGUCGUUGGGACGUCAGGGAUGGCAGCAGCUACUGAUGAGUGGGCUGACUUUGGUUUCGACAUGCCCGACUGCAAGCUGUCACGUAGCAAGCACUCCGUCAAGGAGGAGUUCAUGGAAAGUGAUGUUCACUGAGCCGAAAAGAAUCUUUGGACUGUUUUGCCAAUAUUGUUGUCAGCAUCAGCCUAUUUACAGAGUAAAAGCAUGUGGAUAGGGUCUUUAAAUGUGCUUUUAGGUGUUGCUAUCAUAUUUCAGUCAGUGAUUUUGCAGAGAAUCAAGUUCCAUUUUGAGUGUGGGACAUUUUCAGUGUGUUAAUACACUUUUCUGUGCAGUCUUUAUUUUGGGCUUGGACAAUUGUUCCACCUAGAAGAAUGAACAUGAGAUGACACAAAAGGACAUCUCAAGUCUAAAUAGCAAAUACCACUGUGGCAAUAGCAUUGUCAAGGCAAUGCUAAACACACUUGGUCUGGACUAUAUUUUUUGGGACUCUGAGAAGUGCAUGUUAAAAGAGGGAAAUAUUUUUUUUUCUGGAAAACUGGAUGUUGUUUGGUUGCACUGUGCAAUAAUACAUGACACAUUUUUCUUUUACAGCAUCCAGUUACUUUUAUGGUGAACAUAAAAUGUAGCAAUUGCACACUCAUGCAAAUGUCCCAGUAGACAUAUCACCAUUUCACAACUUGCUAGUUUCAAUUUUGUGUUUAAAUACACAAAAUUAGUACUCAGCUGACUUAUUUAUUGUUCUUUCAGUUUUCCUUCACUUGUACAAAUGUAUAUACUGUAUCUUGUAAAUGUUUUGGACUAGAUGAGGUUGAAAAGGGGUAUUUAGAUUCAAAAUGGUGUAUGCUGUUUGAACCAAAUGUAUAGAAUUGAAUGGUAAAUCAAACUCACAGCUACGGGAACCCACUGUCAUGUAUAUUUUUAAUGGCUAUGAUAAUGUGACGACCUCUAGUUCAGCAUGCCCUUAUCAUUUCAUUGUUAAAAGAAUGUUUAAUGGGUUUUGGUAUUAAUAGUGUGUAUUCAUGAAAACUCCUGAUGGAAAUCACAGUAAUAUCAGAAGUUAGACAUUGCAUCAAUUUCUUUUUUAUUAAGUUGUAGGAAAUACUGUGUUAAUUAUUGUAUAUGCAAAACAGUUGAGUGACAAAACAUCAAAAAACAGUAUUAUAUCUUAAUAGCAGGGAUUUAAUCUGAAUUGUGAAUAAUAAAUUAAGAAUAGCAUCCCUGUUUACCAAGACACCAGACAAAACAGUAGCAUUUUUAUCUUUCUCUUCUUCUCUCUUGAAAAACCUUGCAGGGCAAGGUCUUCAUGUAGCUAGUUGUGUACCUAGUAUGUAUCUUCAUGGUACUUGUUUGUGGAUAUUUAAUAGCAACAUUCCAGUUUUAUUUCUAGAUUGCCAUCCAGCAUGAUUAAUCAUGGUGCAAUUCUAGUAAUGGUGUCAAAUUUGUUUGUAGUAACUACAUGACUUUGUAGCAUGACCAUGAUAAAAAUGUACCAGACUUGCAGCCAUUUUCUUUAUAAAGUCCUUCUCACUUACAAAGACACACGUACUUUCACCCACUAACCACCAACUGGUCAAAGAAAGAGCACUUUAAUACUUUAAAAGUAAAAUAAUCUAAGAUUAUUUGUGCUUAUGAUCAGUAUUAUGCAUUACCACAAUGUAAUAAGUUUUUUGUUAUCAGUUUUGUAAAGAUUAUUAAGAUGUGUACCUAUAUAACUUGCUGUUCAUCAAUGUCCAUUAGUUUCUGAGCGUGUUAAGUUCAGUGUUUUUUCUUAAAAUCAUGGAUAUUAAAAUAUUUCCUUCCUUUA